UAAUCCCCUAAUGGUACAAUAAGUGAUUUGCAGUAAGAUGAAUGUCAGAUGAGACUAUAAAGAGAAAGUGAUACGGGGUAGUGAAAUAUGUGAAUAUCAUUUGGCUCAUUCACUAUAGUACAGUAUUGUAUUAGGACUGUGAUUCUGCGUAAUAAGGAUUCAACGUACCACUAUCACAAGGAAUGAUUAUGUUAUAUGGAUUUAAGACCUGGUGCUCGUGUUGAAUGUUACUUCCUUGUAAAAGCAAUGGAGUGAUAUUAACAGAUAAUUUUUUCACUAAAGUUAGUAACUAUUAGUCAAGAUGGAACAAGAAACUUCUAAUCAUUUAGAAAAUUCAAAUGUUAUAAGUGAGAUGCUUGGGGACGAGCGGACAGACAAAAUAGACACUAAAUUAGGUCAGGUAGAGGCCACGAAGAAAGAUGUGAUUGAAGCGGAACAGUUUACCGAGCCUGAGAUAUUAAACCUGGCAGUAAAUAAUGUUGGUGCCAACACAGAGGAAGAUAAUAAUUCUAUUGACAGCACAGACAAGUGUUUAGGAAAGCAGAAGAUGGAACAGAUAAUUGUAUCAUCAUCUGAGGAGGAAACAUCUGGUACACCUGAAAAAACAGUUAAGAGAAGGAAGAAAAGGCCCAAACCAAAGAAUCAAGUCACAAUGGACAGACAGAAAAAAAUGCAACAAAUUCAGGAUGUGUUGUCUUCCACUCCACUAGAUUUAGAAGCACUUCGAGAACUUGCCAUUGGAGACGGGGGUCUUGUCAAAGAUGAGCUCCGUCGUAAAGCCUGGCCGCGCCUUAUGAUGAUAGAGCACAUGGAAGUGACUCCAAAACCUGCUCUGGAUGUUGUUAAAGCCCAUAAAGAUUAUCAGCAGGUGGUGCUUGAUGUUAAAAGAUCUCUCAAGCGCUUUCCUCCUGGCAUUGAUGAUGACUAUAGAAUCAUAUUGAUGGAUCAGCUUACAGUACUUAUUAUUAGGGUACUGAUGAAGCAUCCUGAUCUCAAUUAUUAUCAGGGAUUCCAUGAUGUGGCAAUUACAUUCCUGCUUGUGAUGGGUGAGGAUGUGGGCUUCGAGAUGGUGGAGACACUGUCCAUAACCCACCUGAGUGAGUUCAUGCGGCCCACCAUGGAGAAGACCACGUACUACCUCACCUACCUCUACCCUAUCCUUCACAGAGCCAACGAAAAACUCUACCAGUUUCUCAUAGACUCUGGUGUAGGGACAGUAUUCUGCUUACCAUGGCUCAUUACCUGGUUUGCUCACACCCUUUCUGACUACCGAAAUGUGGUCAGGUUAUACGACUUCUUUUUGGCAUCACCAUACCUCAUGCCUAUGUACAUAGCAGCAGCUAUUGUGUUAUUGAAGAAGGAAGACGUCCUGGCAGGAGAGUGUGAGAUGUCCACGCAGCAUUUUAUUUUAUCACAGGUACCAGAUUCCCUUCCAUUUGAAGACAUUUUGGUUGCGGCCAGAAAGUUGUACGAGGAGUAUCCCCCAGACACACUGCAGGAGGAGGUAGAGGAGUAUCUAAAGAAAAAGGCAGAGGAGGAGACUUUAGAGAAGCAGCGGUUAAUUGAGAGGCGGAAGAAGUUUGACGCUAAGAAGCUUCCAUACCGAAAGUUGAUGGAUGCAAUCUCACAUUAUGUUCCAUUCAUUCCUGUUCAGAGACAAAAGUUAAUAAAGAUUGUGGCAUUUGCUGCUACAGUCUUUCUUGCCAGAAGCCUUUAUAACUAUUGUUCCACACCAGCUGUAGAGUUCGUGGCUAACUGAUGAUAUAGCUAGCAUCUUAUAUAUCGCAUUCUUGUGUAAUGCAGUUUCUGAUAAAACUUGUUUAUUUCAUUUGCUGUCAAACAAAAAAAAUCAUACUGUAUAUAGAUUUCAUAUUUAUGAAGUACAGUACUCUUUAUUUAGUAAGUUGUCAAAAUUAACAAUAUGAAUUAUUAAAAUCAUCAAAAACAUUUUCAGUAGUUCCACUUGAUAACCACUGAGCGAGCAUAAAGAAAAACAAUCACUGUACCAGCAGCCAGAUAUGGAGAGUCUGUGAAGGAUACAUUGCUACCUAGUUUGAUCUCCUAUGAAAUAACCAACAAAACGAUGAAGUUUCGUAGAAGAUUCUUUUUUUAUGAUUUUUUAUGUUGAAUGCAAUACAUUAUGUGAAUUAGUUUGUCUGGCAGUUACAUUAUUGCAGUAAACGGAAGACUUGUCAUGUAGGAAUGAAAGUUUUGGUUUUAUUUUAGUCCAAAUGAUUUGGUAAAUUUUAAAAGUAAUUGAAUAUUGAUGAUAAACUUUUUCACCCCUUCCCUUUAUGUAUGAUGAUUUCCAGUGAUAUCCUGACAUCACUAAAAGGUACAGGUACCUAGAUUUUGAUAAGUAUUAUGUAAUUUAUUUUUCUCUAUAAGCAUGGUUGGUGGUUAUUUUUUUUUGGCUUUGGGAGGAAAGUUUUGGUAUUAGUCAUCACUUAUGUAUCUUGGUCUGUCCCUGCACUUGUCCUUCUGCAACUGAUGAUUGGCUUAUUGAUUUGUUGCGUCCAUUUUAACCUUAACGUUAAAGUUAGUUUGACCUGCCAGUCGUAUUCAGAUUUGUGCAAAUAAAUACAAUAUUGCUAUUUUUUCUAGUAUACAUAUCAAGUAAUUAUCUGGUUCUGUAUUUUUUAGGAAUUAUUAAAUAGUAUAAAUUUUUUCUGGUGUAGCUCAAAAUAUUUUAACUCAUACACCUACUUUUACUUUUUCUUAUCUUUUACAGGUUUAUUGUAUAUGCAUUGUGUACAGGAAUGCCUUUAGUUAUAGCUUGCUAGUCAUUGCUGCCACCACCUAGUCUUUCACUUUAUUAUCUGCUGGGGGAAUCAAUGGAAGACAUGUAGAUAUAUUUAUAUUAUAUUGGCUCUGUAGUUAUUUAUUAUAAAGAGCAUGAUUAUGUUUGAUGUAUAUAUCACUUUUAUGAAAUAUUGUACAGAUUUUUGCAGACAUUAUAUCUUUUUAUUUGGAAUUUUACAGUAAACUGUACCAUAUAGAUGCAUGUCCAGUCGUUAUGUACAAUGUUCAUGCUUCAGAAUUUUAUAAAAUUUAAUAUGGAAUAAAGUGGUUGUUACAGUUGUUGUGUAUGAUAAUGCCACUGUAAGACAACAGAGCCCUGGAUAUUUCUGCAAGCUGACUAGGUGUUGAAAAACCUUUUUGUUAUGCUUUGUAAAGUGUGGCUGCUGAAGCACCUUUUAAAAAUUUAUUAUUCAGUGAUAUUUACUAACUGUACUUUGCAGGAUCAAAGUAGGAGAAUUGCUGACUCAAUCAGGGUUAAUGAAAGUGCCUGACAUCCAGUUGUUUAAUGUAUAUUAGCCCUAACUGAGUGUCCAUUAAUUGAAAUAUCUCUAUUGUUGUUCUGUGCUUGUUCUACUCUCAGCUUUGCUAUACGUACUGUACAUCAGUUGUGUAGAGUUUACCACAAAGAAUCUUUUAGGUCAUAUUGUUACACUGCAGGAGAUUUCUAGUGAUAGUUGGAAUAAGAUCUUGAAUUAAAUGACUAUCUAAGAUUCUGGAACUGUGUUGAUCAUAUGCAAUGGAAAUUUAACCUUUUAUUUAGAAAAACUACAUAACCAAUACAUGCUCAUAAUUUUCAUUGUUACAGAAGUGUUUACAAGUGAAAAAUAUAUUCUCUUCAUAUUCGUUCUUGUUUAAAUCACAUAAGAUUAAUUCUUUUGCCACAGCAGUUGGAACAUGCAGAAUAGCUAUAAAUGCGAAUGAUUAACUUGUUUAUUGUUUAAUAUGUUCACUCUAAUAUAUAAAUACACCAUAUAAAUAUUA